UUUUUCCUCGGUUUGACUCCCUACCCCUAGUGGGUGGUGGGCACUCAAGGAGUUAACUUCAGGAGGGGCAAGAGAGGUUGUGGGUUUGGAGCAGGGUGGCUGUCCUGCUGAGCAUUGCCACCAGAGGGAGCAGCUGGACCUGAGCUGGUCCCUUGAAGCCUCGGGGCCAGUGCCCACCACACCCUCCUGGAGCCAGGGGAGGGGGCUGGAUGGGAGUGGCCUGGACGGCUCCAGCCCCUAGUGGUCUCUCCUUCCACGCCCCCUCCUGCCGACAGAGCCAUCUGGUCCCCACCCUGGUGACAUCCUUCUCACCCUCCUGCUCUGUGUGAGGGCUCCGUGGACCUGCCCGAGAUCCUCUCCCCGACCCUGCUGUCGCUGAGCCGGCUCUGGGAUGGGAGUGGCGCACUGGAGCGGUUUUCUCCUCACCCACCAUUGCGCACGUCCCCAGCUCAUUCGUUAGGACCCGAAUCACCCAGCUGAAGGCCGGCAGUUUCCUGAGGGUGCCGUCACUGCACCUGCUCCUCUUCACAUCCAACUCCUUCUCCGUGAUUGAGGAUGAUGCGUUUGCGGGCCUAUCCCACCUGCAGUACCUCUUUAUUGAGGACAAUGAGAUUGGAUCCAUCUCUAAGAAUGCUCUCAGAGGACUUCGCUCACUCACACAUCUGUGCGUGCUUCCACUGCCCCAGCCCACCCUGGGAGGCACCCCACACCCAUCACCCUGGCAUCAUCCUAGGAGCUGCUGAUGGCUUCUCCUUCUCUCCCUCCACCAGGAGCCUGGCCAAUAACCAUCUCGAGACCCUCCCCAGGUUCCUGUUCCGGGGCCUGGAGACACUGACUCAUGUGGACCUCCGUGGGAACCCGUUCCAGUGUGACUGCCGCGUGCUCUGGCUGCUGCAGUGGAUCCCCACCGUGAACGCCAGCGUGGGGACCGGGGCCUGCGCCGGCCCCGCCGCCCUGGCCCACAUGCAGCUCCGCCACGUGGACCCCAAGACGUUCAAGUGCAGAGCCAUAGAGCUGUCCUGGUUCCAGACGGUGGGAGAGUCAGCGCUGGGCGUAGAGGCUUUCUCCUACCAGGAGGAGCCCUACAUUGUCCUGGCACAGCCCUUUGCCGGCCGCUGCCUGAUCCUGGCCUGGGACUACAGCCUGCAGCGCUUCCGUCAGGAGGAAGAGCUGUCUGCGCCCUCGGUGGUGUCCUGCAAGCCGCUGGUGCUGGGCCCCCGCCUCUUCGUGCUGGCCGCCCGCCUGUGGGGAGGCUCGCAGCUGUGGGCCCGGCCCGGCCCCGACCUGCGCCUAGCUCCACUGCAGGUCCUGGCCCCACGGCGGCUGCUGCGGCCCAAUGACGCUGAGCUCCUGUGGCUGGAUGGGCAGCCCUGCUUCGUGGUGGCCGAUGCCUCCAAGGCGGGCAGCACAACACUGCUGUGCCGGGACGGGCCCGGCUUCUACCCGCGCCAGAGCCUGCAUGCCUGGCACCGGGACACGGACGUCGAGGCCCUCGAACUGGAUGGCCGGCCCCAUCUGCUGCUGGCCUCUGCCUCGCAGCGGCCCGUACUCUUCCACUGGUUCGGGGGCCGCUUCGAGAGGCGGACGGACAUCCCCGAGGCUGAGGAUGUCUAUGCCACGCGCCACUUCCAGGCCGGCGGGGACGUGUUCCUAUGCCUGACACGCUACAUCGGGGACUCAAUGGUCAUGCGCUGGGAUGGCUCCAUGUUUCGCCUGCUGCAGAAACUUCCCUCUCGAGGGGCCCAUGUCUUCCAGCCACUGCUCAUUGCCAAGGACCAGCUGGCCAUCCUGGGCAGUGACUUCGCCUUCAGCCAGGUUUUCCACCUUGAGCCUGACAAGGGGCUCCUGGAACCACUGCAGGAGCUGGGCCCCCCAGCGAUAGUGGCCCCUCGGGCCUUUGCUCACAUCACCAUGGCCGGCAGACGCUUCCUCUUCGCUGCUUGCUUCAAGGGCCCCACACAGAUCUACCAGCAUCAUGAGUUAGACCUCAGCGCCUGAGUCUGGAAGGGACGUGGGACAUGGCCGGCAGGGGGCUGGCAUGGGGAUUCCUGGGCCUCAGGAUGUCCCCUUUACUGCCCUCCUGGCCUUAUUCAGAAGUGACAGCUGGUCCUGUGAGAUGCUGACCACAAGCCAAGUUCGAGGAAAGAGCUGCCCUUUCAGUCUUAAGCAACAUCUUGGCUGGGAGAUGACACCAGAUGAUACUCAUCAAAGAUGACUUGGGGGCUCAGGCUGGGGGACCACUGCAUGGAGCCGGUAGACAAAUCAUGGUAGGAGGGUAAUGUGAAGAGCUCCAUGAGUCUGGAGAAGUCUCCCUCAACCCACUCCCACCCCUUCUAUUCCCUGUAAAAGUACUGAGAAGGCGAUAGCUUUCCUUUCCUUCUAAACUCAAUCCGGCCAAUCGCUUUUAGUGCCCGCCUUCAUGACGUCAUCAGUCGCUGGGCAGUUUUCCCUGCCGGGCCUGCUAACUUCCUCUACUGCUUGUGCGCACGCCUGCUGCCGAGGCGGAAGCCCAGUGUGUUGUUCCUCGUGCGCGUGCGCGAGGGAUAGGUGGGAAAGACCGAGUUUUAGCCGGGAGCCAGGGGUGCCUCUCCCGGGUCGGUAACACGAUCGCGGACGGAAAGUGCAUGGGCUCAAUAAACGCGCUGAGCACCCGCCC